AUGGCAUUUGGUCAACCUUCUGACGAAGACCGCUGUAUUGAUGACCGGACCUCUCUGCUCCAUAUGCCUGUUCGCAUUUCUCGCCGACUCUAUGUGUCGCACUUCUUGUCAACAUGGAACUCUCGCGUCUUCGAGUUCGGUGCGGUGCUAUACCUAGCAACGGUCUUCCCUAAGACGCUGCUCCCAAUGUCUAUCUACGCACUGACACGCGCACUUUCCGCCAUCGUCUUUGCCCCUGCUGUUGGACAGUAUGUCGAUUCGGGCGACCGUCUUCAGGUCGUCCGGGCCUCCAUUGUCUUCCAGCGCCUUGUUGUAGCGAUAUCAUGCGUGAUAUUCUACAUCCUCGCCCUUGGGCUGCCGCUCAGACGCGGCACAGAAACCGGCAUGCUCGUGCUCCUGUCCUUCCUGGCCUGCAUCGAGAAGCUCUGCUCCAUCAUGAAUCUAAUAUCUGUUGAGAGGGACUGGGUCGUCGUCGUAGCGAAUAAGAAACAUACGGCACUACUGAUCCUGAACGCACAAAUGCAGCGCAUCGACUUGCUCUGCAAACUCUCCGGGCCCCUUUUCAUUGCCUUGAUGGCCGGCUUCUCGACUAAAGUGGCUAUCAUGGCUAAUUUGGCUAUGAAUGUCACCUCCAGUAUCUUCGAGUACUCCGCCAUAGCUCGGGUUUACUACGAGGUUCCAGAACUUCAGGAAGCCAAACAAAGACCACAGCCAGAUCUUACGGGUGCCGUGUCAGCUCAACAAUCAGAAAGUCGAUCUGCACGAAAUUGGAGACGCGUCCGUGGCGCGUUUACCAAGUCUGCUAGGGAUUUCAACUUCUACUUCCGCCACCGCGCUUUUGCAGGGCAGAUGGUGACGUACCUGCUCUCGGCCGGUUAUACCGCUACCCAAGUCGGUAUUGUGAGUACGCUCAGUGUAACCUUUGAAGUGCUGGCGACAUGGGUAGCACCCUGGCUCAUAGGAAAAAUCGGACCGGCGAGGGCAGGCCUCUGGCUAAGCAGCUGGCAAGUCACUACGCUAGUUGCAGGGUCCGUCGUAUUCUGGAUCUUCGAUCAAAGUCCCGUCGUCUCAGCCGGUGGUCUCGUAGGUUUUGAGCUUUGUGUACAGAUCAUCGUCCAAGAGGCUGAGAGCCGUGGUGCAUUUUCCUCAGUUGAGGCGGCCUGGCAGAAAGCCUUCGAGCUUCUAUCCUUCGCGUCGACUAUUAGCUUCUCCCAGCCCGAACAGUUCAAGUGGCCCUCACUUAUAUCGGUUGUGGCUGUGGCUUCGGCAUGGGCCUCGUACACUCUCUUUGUCUAUCUUCGCAGAGGACACUUGCUUCAUCUAGAUGGACUGAUGAGCGUGUUAGGUAGCGGCAAGGGAAAACAGAGGGAAAGAGAGAGUUGA